AUGCUCGGUCAAAUACAUCCACCAGGACUUCUUGCUAUUCAUCUCAAUCUUCAGUUAGUUUUUCCAGAGGAAAUACCUGAAAUACUUUCGCAUGAAGAACAACAAGCAGUAGAGAUUGCUAAUAAAUUUAUUACAGAUGGAUUAGGAUAUUUACAAGAACAGUCGACAAGACCUCAGACAAUCGGCUAUGCACUUUGUGACUCACCAGUCGGUCUAGCAAUGUGGAUAUAUGAGAAACUUUAUGCAUGGACAGAUAAUAAUGAUAAUCCUGAGAAUGAUCUUGAACUCAAUGAAAUGCUAGACAAUAUUACUCUAUAUUAG